AUCUCAUAAGCAACACAAAGCUAGCCAUUCUCAUGCUGUCCUUCCCAACGUCGUUAUGUAACAUGCAUCUUUUCACCGCCUGUGCCUGACUCUCGAACUGCCAGCUUCGCCUCCAACCUGUCCUCUCUCACAGCUAUAUAGCACAUUCACCCACGCUGGGUCGUGACCAUGUAUAAGUGUCUCCUCUGAAGAGGGCCUUGACUAUGGAUGCCGAGCCCAACUGCGCAAUAUGUAGCGCACCACCACAUUCGGGAUGUCUCUGCGAGUCAGAGCGUCUCCAGAUCGCCCUCGACCAGGCCGAGAGCAGGGCAAUGGAUGAUAAACAGGCCUUUAUACGGUAUGCCUUUGUCAACUAGAUCGUUCCGAUCAGGCGACUGAUCGAUGUACAGCGACUGGGUAAUCACCCACGCGCGCCACCACAUCCAACUCGCCUUCCAGCGCCUCACCACAAUCCGCCAGCACGCGCAAACCGCCUACCUCAACUCCCUCCCCCACUACGACGUCUACAUGCGCUUCUCCGGCGCGCCCCCCAUCCACCCCAUGUACAUCCAGCAACUGCAAUCGCAGAUCGCCGAAGCCCACGCCGAGUUCAAGCGCGGCAUCGACCUCGACUGGCGCGCCUCCGUACUGCGCUACCCUGAAGUCCUGGAUUACUUCUACAGCCUUGUCGAGUUGAAGCUGCCUGCCAAGGACCAUCGCAGUGUUAUUGAACCCCCGUUUGCGGCCGCGGGAUAUCAGGACAGAGGGUAUAUGGCGGGUGAGCCGAGUCGAGUGGGUGCAGACAAGAAGACGAUGAAGAAGAGGAGGGAUAGUGCUGGGGCCAUGGGGCAUCCGGGGGUCAGGCUCAUGAGGAUGCAACCUCCUCAGGCCCCGUCGCCGCCGACACAGCAUCCUGGUUAUCCUUCCGGCUACUACAGAUGAUUCGCCAGUGUGGUAGGUAUGAUUUCAUGAUCUCGCAUUUGCUGGCGUUGCUUUGGGUUAUGAAUCUCUUUCUGCACCUGCAUUUGGUAGAUGUUUCCUUACCGUAAGCAUAGCGGGGAGUUCUGUCUUAGCAAGCACGCUUCAUCGUUCAGCGCAGCAAGUCUGCUUCAAUAAAGUCC